ACGAUCCAGGAUUGGAAGUGGGAUCAGCUUUGUCAAUUCCUGUUCAAAUCAAAUCGGAAUCAGAUUAAAAUCGGUUGGAAUCAGAAAGAAUAAACACAGAUUUCACAGAUAUGUGAAUAUUUUUCAAGUUUUUGAUUCAAAAGACUUGUAGAUCUUUUUAAAAUAGGUAAGUUCUAUUGCUUAUAGGAAUAAACGGAAUCAUCCAAUCCAGGCUUUCCAGUUUCCACAGGUACAGUGCCAAGGGUUUUGGACAAACAACGUUACCUUUACUAAUUAAGCUACCCUGAGCACGAAUUAGGGUUUGUGUUGAUUCACAAAUGUUGAUGAAUUGAUCCAUCUCUCAGACUAUAACGGUCAAAUCCACCAAAUUUUGCGAAAAUAGUGGUGUUUCGGUAAUUUAUUGGACAAAGCAGAGGUAUUUAUGUAUGAAGUGUUCUCUUACUUCCUCCAAUCGAUCCGUUUCUCCAUCUCCGAAAGGGAUUGAAACUGGGUUUCUUCCACUCUCCCUCAUCGAGAUUCCUCAGUUUCCGAUUGAGAAAACCUAGUCGGAGGAUAUGGUGGAUGAUGCCGGAAGCAGCUUUGGGGAAAUCGAUGGUUUCCGGUUAUAGUGGUGGAUGGUCAGAGGAAAGUUUUUGAAGUGGUGGAUUUUAGAUAGAGAGACAUGUCCCUGAGAAUCAAGGCAGUAGUUGACAAGUUCGUGAAGGAGUUGAAAGAAGCUUUAGAUGCAGAUAUCCAAGACCGGAUCAUGAAGGAGAGGGAGAUGCAGAGCUACAUCGAGGAAAGGGAGAAAGAGGUCGCCGAGAGAGAGGCUGCUUGGAAGGCCGAGCUUUCUCGUCGAGAGGCUGAGAUUGCCCGACAAGAAAGUAGGCUUAAGAUGGAGAGAGAAAACCUUGAGAAAGAGAAGAGUGUCUUAAUGGGAACUGCCUCAAAUCAGGAUAAUCAGGAUGGAGCUCUGGAAAUCACUGUAAGUGGUGAGAAGUAUCGAUGCCUCAGGUUUGCCAAAGCGAAAAAAUGAAUGAAGUUUUGCCACAAAGGGCUUAGAUCUACCACGACAAAAAAAAAAAGGAGGGGGGCUUAGAUAGAUCUUUGAGAUGUCUUCUAUUCUUUAACUGACCAUGACCGUUACGCAUCUGAUUAAGUAAUAACUUCUUGUAUUUUAAGUGCAGUGAUCUGGUCCAAGUUUGUAUAUAGCUUUUCCUUUCUCCUUUUUUUACUAUAAACUGGUGGAUACAACUGCCUUCUAAUCCAUUCAAAUGCAGAUGUUAAGCAGGAUUGGCAUUCA